UUUUCUUCUCCUUUGCUGCUGAACCUGUGCUGUGAUUUAGAAGACAAGAAACUCCGAGAGUCUGUAGGGAUUGUUUUAGCUGUCUGCCUCCUCCGCCGGCACCGCUGAAGGAAGCCCCUAUCGAGGGCGCUAAACCUCGGGGUCCUGGGUUUCUAUGACGACAAACAGGCGUUCCAGCAAAGGAGGAUUAUGUGGCAGCUUGCAAGUCCCAGUGCGGCGCUGAUUUGUGUCUAAAUUAGCUUUCCGGAGGAGUAUUUCAAAUUACUAAAGAGAUAGGAGGCAUUGUUUAUUAUGUCUCUCCCGAAAACGCCCUCCACCCCGCUAAACUCUGCAUCAACGUCUGAGAGCAAAAAGUUAGUGUCUGUAGCCAAGGAAGGGACGAGAGGACUUCCUGAGCUAAAGGAGAAAAAAAACAUGGUGGAUCGUUCAAAACCCCUUCCUACUUCCCUUCUGAAUGAGUUCAUUCCUAAAGAAGUUCUUCUUUCUCUGACCUGUGCGGCCAAUGCUGGUCCUUGUCCUGAAAACUUACUGCCUCCUAAGAAAAUUAAAACCCCGAAGGGCACUCUUCCACGCCUUGUAGACCAUGUCUGGCAUCACCCUGUUCGAAGGAAUAAAUUCAAAUACCUGAUUGACCAUCCCGUCUCCCUCACGGGAGCUGGAAGGGAUAUUUCUUUUCUGUAUGAUGUUAAAUAUACCAAAGGACAGACUAGGGAGAAGGCAGUUUGUCCCCCACAUUUGGCCCGUUCAUUACAGUCACAUGAUGGUGUCAUUGUGCCGCAUAAGCCAAAGACACUAACAGAUACUUUGAUUCCUGAAGAAUUUCAUAUUGUGUCAAGUACGGGAGUUUCAGGUUUGGAGUGUUAUGAUGACAAAUACACUACUCUCCUCACAGAUAGUGAAAACAGGCUAUUGCUCUUCCCAUCCAUGAAACCUAAUAAAAGAGUAGAAGUGGCCCAGCUGAAUGAUGUCAUGGAUACUAUGCUAGAGAGGGCUGGUGUGGAAAAUCAGGAAUAUACAGGACCAACUAAGAUGCACAAACUACUACAUAUAUUGAAGAAGGAACAGACCAUUUACAACACGGUAUUUCAUGAACUUAUUCGACAAGUCAGUGUGGACUGUGCAGACAGAGGAGAACUUCUGUCUAAAGUCAGAGAGAGGUAUGUGCAAAUGCUUGACCAGAUUGCCCGGCAGAUGAUUGAUUUCUACAAAGACUUGGUAACUCAGCGAGUGAUGGACCAGCGCAUUUUAGAAGAAUUGUAUAAUUUCAAGCAUGUUAUUGAAGAAUUGACCAGGGAACUGUGUCUAGUUCGGGCACAUGAUGUGAAAUUAACAAAGGAAACAGAAAAAGCUCACAAGGAUUUGGCACAAGCUCUUUUAGAUGCGGAAAAGAAUGCCAAAAUGGUAGAAGAAUAUCAUGACUUAUAUACAUUACAAAGAGAAAGGAUGGAGAAUGAUAUGAAACAGUUAAUGGCAGAAAGAGAUAUCUGGAGUUCAGCCACAUAUGAAUUGGCCCUAAAGGUAAUUGAAAGAAAUAGAGUCAUAUUGGCUAGAAGACUUUACCUUAAUGAAAAAGGCUGGAAUAAAUACACUAAGCAUUUCAUCAUACUGCUGUCAAACAAGGACACUGAAGACCUUGCAUUGUUGCAGAAGUUGACACAGAAAUGGAGAAACUUAGUGAAUAAAUUUAAACAAGAGGUAGAAGAAAUGGAAGAGUCUACAAGAGAGACAUUGAAAAUUGUUGAGAAAGGACUUACCAAAUGGCAGGAGAGCUUCAGUGAAAAAGACAUUUUAUCCCCUAAUAAGGGAAAUGUACUUGAUUCAGUUAUUUUAGACUUCAAACAGUGGCAGAAGAUCCUGAAUGAGAAAAAAGAAGAGUUUACUGGGGAUGUUCUAUUGUCAAAAUAUGAUACUCUCAAGAUUAUUAAACACUUACAGGAAAACUGGACAGAUAUUGGGCUUGGGAUAUUUAAUCGACAUAAAAGUUUGGAGGGGGAGAUGCCAUCAGAGCGACAGUACAUGGAGGAAAUUAUCAAAAACAUACAAAAACUCUACAAAGAAUAUGAAAUAAGAAUAAAUGGGGACAAUGGUAAGAAAAUACUCAUAAUAUACCUGGUGGUCUCUGAGGAGCUCCAUGGACACAUGUCUUAUAAUAUGGUUGGAGGUGGAGAGAGCAUGUUUGAAUCUGUUAAUGUUGAGCUGGCUGCCAAAGAUGGGGACACGAGUGAACUCCCUGGAGUAACCAGGGCUGCCUUCUCCAUAACCACCAUCAUUACCAAACCCAUUAUAGCCAUCCCCACUGCCACCAUAUCCAUCACUACCAUGGCUGCUACCAAAGCUACCACGACCACUGAAGUUUCCUCCGUGACCAAAGUUGUCAUUCCCGCCAAAACCACCUCCAUGACCACCACCAAAGUUUCCAGAACCACUUCCACCUCUUUGUCUGCGAGUGUUCCUCAUUGCUCAGAAGGGCUCUCCAGGCUCUCAUCACUUGUUUCAAAGUUCAGCCCUCCAAUGAAGAGCUUCCUCAGCUGUCUGGGCUCUUUAGGAGACUCUGACUUAGACAAGACGGCUGGGAGAAGAGAGACUUUAAUGAUGCUUCUUCGGCAGUGUCCAGGGGCAGAAAGGGUACUCCAAGCAUACAUACUUAACAUGAUUCAACAAUGGCUUUUGAAGAUAGGCAAUGAAAUUAACAAUGGUAACAUUGAACUUCAGCGCCACAUGGAUGAGUUACAUAUAUCUAUGAUCCAGUGGAUGGUAAACUUGCUGAUUUUAAUGAUACCCAACUUUACUGACCAAGACUGUCUCCUAAAGUUGGAGGACGAAAGUGGUGAGAAACACGAUAUAGGAGUUGCGCGAUUAGAGCUAGAUGCGAUUGAACUGACAAGGAAGUUGUACCAAUACUCCCGCUAUUUGAGCAGUUGUUGCGAAGGGAUGGUAACAGCAAUGGCUCUGAGUAAAUCCACUAACUCACACAGAAAUGCUACUGAAGACCUUUAUGAGGUGGAUAAGUUGAAGAAAGAAUGUUAUGAAUGGAUCAACACAUGCUCUUGCCUCCUUUCUAAUAUCAAAGGCAGAAAAAUUACAUUAUUGACAUAUGAAGAAAUAGAGCAGCUACUUGAAGAGGAGGCUGUAAAAGAAUUUAUUGAGCCUGAAAUAGAUGAGUCUCUUCAAGAGGAUGAAGAAGAAAAUAAGGAGGAUAGGAAACUUCAGGAGGAAAAUAAAGAGAGAGCAGAAGAACAACCUUCAACAUCUACAGAGGAGGAAAAACUAAUUCGAUUCAUCGGAGAAGAUGAAAAUGUUCAUUCCAAACCUCUAUUUGAAACAGAUGUGUUGUCUUCCUGGAGAGAAUCAGCUAAGCAAGGUACAUUGGCCCAAAAAUAUCUUGAAGCAAUGGCUGUAAUUGAACAUAUGCAGGAGAAGUUACUGGAGGUUGAAAAGAGAGCCAGACAGGCAGAGGAAAAGUUUGAAGAUACAUAUGAGAAACUUCAUCAUACCCUUAUAAAAAAUAAAGAUCUAGAGGAAUUAGUCAUGACAUCAAGAAAGGAGUCUAAAGGAGAGAAAGAAAAUGAAGACAAAAGAGAAGUAAAAGAAGAAGAAGAAGUUAGGUCAGCAGAAGAUUCCUCAAAAUCUCCAAAGAAGGGUCACUGAAUCCAAGGCAACCUGUGGAGAGAAGAAUUCAGAUGUUAGUGAGAGCCUCCAGGUGGGAG